AUGUUCCUCACAGUCAAGCUGCUCCUUGGGCGGAGAUGCAGCCUGAAGGUGUCAGGGCAAGAGAGCGUGGCCAUGCUGAAGAAGCUGGUGUCAGAGCGGCUGCAGGUGCCUGAGGAGCAGCAGCACCUGCUCUUCCGCGGCCAGCUCCUGGCGGAUGACAAGCGUCUCUCCGACUACUGCAUCGGGCCCAAUGCUUCCAUCAACGUCAUCAUGCGGCCCCUGGAGAAGACGGCACCCGAGGAGGCCCUCCAGUUCCAGCCCCUGUGGCAACAUCUGGGCCAGGUCCUCGCCAGACACUUUGGGCCCCAGGACGCCAAGGCAGUGCUGCAACUGCUGAGGCAGGAGCACAAGGAGCACCUGCAGAAGAUAAGCCUGGAGGCCCUGGAGCAGCUGGCACAGUAUCUCCUGACCAGGGAGCUGCCAGCAGAGCCCACUGGGGAGAGGGAGCCUGAGGCUGAGGCCUCAGAGCCCCCGAGACAGGAGGAGGAGGAGGAG